AAAACAAUACAGGUUAAUAAACAUCGAACAUAUAUUGAAAUGUAAGAUUUUAACUAGAAUUAUAUCUCUCGUAAGUCAUGGAGACCCAUGGCAUAAGAAUGGUUUAUUUCAUAAGAAUGAUUGUCUAAUUGAUCUGUUUGUCCCUCUAAUGAGCCGCGACAGGACUAUACUGUUUUAUUACAGAGUGACCUUGACUUGUACAAACUUCAGAAAGUAUUAGGCAAUUGAAUAUGCAAUUGCAAUUUCUGGGUUUCCAGUAAAUAUGAUACGCAAAAAGAGCGUCCCCUCCUCUUUUAGCCUUACAAGGAUAUUUAAGAGUGCUAGGGGAUGAUGAGUAAAGAAUACUGACCGGUUUCCAAUCAACUCGCAUUACUUAUUAUUUACAGAGAGAACUGGUAAGAUUAAACUUUUCACAUAAGGCUCUUUUUUUUUUUUUUUUUAGUUUAAAUGUUUUAACAUGUUUAACAGUUUCUGCAUUAUGUUUUUAUUUAUUUACACUUAGUAUUUUUUUGUUUUUCUUAAAAAGUUUUUUUUAGUUUUCUCACGUUUACUUCCUUGAUGCUUUCCAGAUGAAUUAAGUGGACUAUAAUUUGUUCCUGUAACAGUCCUUAAACAUCACCUGAAGCAACCUAUGUAUGUUGAAUUCAGCUUCAAAUGUUAAAACAUGAUUUUACAUAUAGAGUUUGGAUAAAAAAUAUUGGUUAAAACAUUUUUUUGUGUAUAUUUUUUUCAGCCUCUUCAACAAAAAGUCCAAAUGAACCAAACUGUAGCCCCAUCCAAUAUGACGGCAUCAACAAGCAAUGCAGAUGUCACAGCAAAUUCCUUAAGGAAAAUCAAUAUUUUCCUCCACUGUAUAAUAUGUGUGUUUGGUGUUGUUGGCAAUGGACUGGUCAUCUACAUCACAGGCCUCAAAAUGAAAAGCACUGUCAAUGCCAUCUGGUUUCUGAACCUGGCGGUAGCAGACUUCCUGUUUUCAUUCUUCCUGAUCUUUAAUAUAAUUUCAGAAUACCGUGAGUUCGACUGGCCUUUUGGUGACUUUAUGUGCUUCUUGAACAGCCUGGUGACCGUGUUGAGUAUGUUUGCCAGCACCUUCCUGCUGACAGCGAUCAGUUUGGACCGCUGCCUGUCCACCUGGGUGGUGGUGUGGGCCAGGACCAAACGAACAGUCCUGAAAGCAAGGAUAAUUUGCCUGCUUAUUUGGUUAGCAUCAGUCGCUUGUAGCCUGCCUUUAGUCAUCUCUCGGAAAACGUCCAUUUCUGCACAACAAACAAAGUGCAUACUUGGCAUUCAGAAACUAGAAACAUACAAGAGGCAGGUAGUGUACCGUUUUGUGGUGGGUUUUCUCCUCCCGUUUGUCAUAAUCUCCGCUUCAUAUGUGGCGAUCGGAGUACGAGUUAAGCACCUCCGGAAAAAAAAUAAACUAAAACCCUUCCGUAUUAUCCUGGCUGUAAUCCUGUCCUUCUUCUUCUGCUGGCUUCCCUUUUAUGUUUACAAAUUCAUUGAAGUGUGGUUGCGUGAAAUGAAUGCGACAAACCCAUCAGACGAGCUGAACAGCUUCAAGAAGGUUUUCGACCAGAUAGAGCUCUUUAUAAUCAGUCUUGCCUACCUGAACAGCUGCCUGAAUCCCUUCUUGUACGUAUUCAUGUGUGAAGAUUUUCAGAAAAAGCUCAAGCAGUCUUUAGUGAUGGUGUUCGAGAGUGCAUUCGCAGAGGAACACCUGGCUCUCCUCUCACAACAUUCCCAAUCCAAACGCAAAUCUCAUUCGCAGAGUGGAACAGGAAUAGAAAUGAAAUGACCCAAUCUUUGACACUUGAGGGUUAAAUGAAACAUUCACAGAGUCCAAUAUUUACAUUUAUUAAAUUACAUUUACAAAAAAAGGAAAAUACAAUGUAUUUAAUGUAUAAAGAAGCUGUGUAGACAAAAUACUGUUUUUUUGUGAGGAUGGAUGAUGGAAGCUGAUGUGCCAACAACAACAACAACAAAAAUAUAUAGAUUUACUGUGCCAUAAAUGUAUAAAUAGCUGACAUGCAUGCCUUAUUAACAACCAGAAAUUGGUAAUUGUAUUGUGUAGGCCUAUUUGUAACAGUUAUGCUCUAGGUGCGGACUCCGUGUUGUUUUUCCUUGGGUUCCGUUUCCUUCCUGUGUUUAGUUUCUGUUCCCUUUGUUCUUGUUAGUUGGCAUAUGGUUACUUAUUGGUUAACUGAUUGUGUUCAGUCUUCUUUGCUUUUUCAUUUAACCAUGUAUUUGAAGUCAGCAUGAAAUCAAAAUUGACCCUAUUUACUUUGUUAGUGCACAUUACUAGUCUUGUGGUGAACAAUUCAUCUGUGUAUCACAAUUUUUUAUUAUUUUUUUUCUUUGUAAAUAAACUAAAUCUUCAGCAA